GCGGCCAUUACCUAUCGCUACUUCGUUACGGAUCCCGGGCUGGGCCCAGGUUGGGGGUCUGGAGUUUGUAGUCACCGGUGGGAUUUACCUGAAAACGGGGACUGUCCUCCGUUCGUUGACCUGUGCGGAAGAAGAUGACCAGAACUAAGGCGAGCUUGGCUACCUCUGUUACAAUGCGCCUGAGGUUUUCCGGCCUUGAGGGUCUACCUUUCACUUGUUUUGUGGUGCUCUUUGCCCGAGAAGAUGACCGGAAACCUUUGGGAUCUGGGUUUUGGAUUAGGGCUGUGGUUCGUUUUCCGGGUACUGUUAAUGCGCCGUUAUUCCACCAUCUUAUCUUUGCCGCCGGGGGUCACCGGGGCUCGACGGGGAUGGGGAUGGAAAAUGGGUUUACGAGUUAGCAGAGGUUUCUUUCCGGCUGGUUGCUUUGCUUCUUCCACCAAUGUCGCCGGGUUGGACGCCGGAGCCCGGUGGGGGUGGAGGGGGAGAUACGAGGUGGAUUGGUUACAUUCCGGUUUGUUCACGAUGCUUCUCACUGCUGCUUCGCCGUCGACGCCGGGGUGAUGCCGGAACCCGACAGAGGUGAGGUGGUGGUGGGGGAUAUGGUUACUUCUCCGGCUGGUUCUCUUCGCCCUCCGUUCGCCGGCCAUCAGAGAGCCUGGGGUCGCCGGGACCAGGUGGGCUGGUUGGUAGGGGGUGGGUUACGGUUGACAGACAGAUGAUGGACAGGUGGACAGUGUACUUUUGUACAGGCUGUCACCACGCCUGUGACUUUUCAAAAUUUGAAUUGAUGCUGGGAUUUCGCGCCUACCACUGCGGCGCUGCGAUGAGGAUGCCUGAUAGGAGAUUGGGCUAUGUUUGCUGCGGAAACCUAGUGGGCCUUGAAGGAUUGGGCUUCGCUCGAGCUGACAUUGGAUGCUGGGACGCUGCUGCUAAUUUGACGCAAAUUGGGCCGUGGACCUUCACUGGUCUUGCUGGAAUGCUUUCUUUUAGCAUGCCUGUUCAGCAGUGGGCCUUUGGGCUCACCUG